AUUCGGCGGUGCGCGCUGAAAUGGCUGCGCUGGUAGUGAGAAGAGUUCGGGACGUGCUGAAGCGUGCACACUUCGCGACCAUCCCGCGGAGACAUCGACAUAAGAAGAAAUGGCCCCGCCGCCCUCACCCCUCGAAAAAUGUUUUAGCGACAACCCCUCCCUUCCUGGGUCUGCGCCGCCCUCCAAGAAAGGAUUCAACCCCAUCCUCACCCUCGAGCAGCCUCUGGCGUCCAGGAAAGGUUACAGCGAUCACCCUGCCCAUACUCCUGGCCUUUCCCCAAACUCAGGCAAAGGGCUGCCACAGAGCCCAAAUUUCCUGCCACUCAACUGGCUCUGCAGAAUUUUGACAUGACCUACAGUGUGCAAUUUGGUGAUCUCUGGCCAUCCAUCCGGGUCAGUCUCCUUUCAGAGCAGAAGUAUGGUGCACUGGUUAAUAACUUUGCUGCCUGGGAUCAUGUGAGUGGUGAGCUGGAGCAACUGAGGGCCAGGGACUUUGUGAAGGACGCCAUUUCCCACGGGGAACUGGAGCCCGAGGGUGGCCAGACUCCAACUCCAACUCCAGCCUCCGGGGCCUACAGCCCGAACCUUCGAUGCUUCACUUUUGCCAGAGGGGAUGUCAGUCGGUUCCCUCCUGCCAGGCUUGGCAGCCUGGGUGUCAUGGACUACUACCUGAUGGAUGCUGCUUCCUUGCUGCCUGUCCUGGCCCUUGGCCUACAGCCUGGCAACACUGUGCUUGACUUAUGUGCAGCACCCGGGGGAAAGACACUAGCACUGCUUCAGACUGGCUGUUGCCGCAAUCUCGCUGCCAAUGAUGUGUCCACUUCUCGAACAGGCAGACUACAGAGGGUCCUUCACAGCUAUGUGCCUCAAGAUAUCAGGGAUAGAAAUCGAGUUCGAGUCACCUCAUGGGAUGGCAGGAAGUGGGGAGAACUGGAGGGGGACACCUAUGACCGGGUGCUGGUGGACGUGCCCUGUACCACAGACCGCCACUCCCUUCAUGAGGAGGAGAACAACAUCUUUCAGCGGUCGAGGAAGAAGGAGCGGCAGAUGUUGCCUAUGCUUCAGGUGCAGCUGCUUGCGGCUGGACUCCUUGCCACCAAACCAGGAGGCCAUGUUGUCUAUUCCACCUGCUCACUCUCACACUUACAGAACGAGUAUGUGGUGCAAGGCACCAUCGAGUUCCUGGCCAAUCAAUACAGCAUCAAGGUUCAGGUGGAAGACCUGACUCACUUCCGAAAGCUUUUCAUGGACACAUUUUCUUUCUUCCCAUCCUGCCAGGUUGGGGAGCUGGUAAUCCCAAACCUCUUGGCCAAUUUUGGGCCUAUGUACUUCUGCAAAAUGUGUAGGCUGACAUAGCAUCACCCUGUUCCCGAAGUCCUGGUGUAGGAGGGUGAAGGGUAUACUCCCAUGGAGGCACCAGAAACUGAGACCCGUGGCAAAGAUGCACUCUGGGUCCUAUCGCCAUCCUGUUCAAGUCUUUCUAUAGACAGUUUUCAGCGUUAGAAAGUAGGAGUUUUCUGUCCUGCUGUCCAAUUGUGAGAGCAUCAGCAGGUUUCUAACUCACUUAUUAUACCCUCUCCCCCCGUUUCUAAGCCUGUGCUAAAGGUUCCUGCCCCAUUAAGAGCU